AUGACAUUUUCCUUUCUAGAACACUACCUUACGCCUCUCCACCUGGCGCUGCGCUCCCCAGCCCUGGCUGCUCUCCCAUUCAAACUCUCUCUGAUUCCCUUCCCCUCUGGAACGGGACACAUGAUCACAUCUCUGCGUGAGAAAGAAAUCGAUGUCGCCAUUGGGUUGACCGAGGGUUGGGUAGCUGGCCUGGCUGGUAAGCAGCAAGCCCAGAAGGACCCCUCGGAGGGCGGCUACAAGGUGAUCGGACACUGGGUCGAUACGCCUUUGCGCUGGGCCAUCGUCACAGGUCGGGAGAGAGAAGAUAUCCACACGGUGGCUGAUCUCAAGGACAAGCGCGUUGGUGUCAGUCGUCUCGGAAGUGGCUCCCACAUUAUGUCUUUCGUCCUCGCUCAGAAGCAAGGCUGGAAGCCUGACUCACUGUCCACUGUGCCCUUGGGCCCCUUCGCUGCUCUCCGCAAUGGAGUGACCGGAUACGAUUCGGAGCAUCCCGAGCAGGAGCCGAAGCCCACGGCCGAGUUCUUCAUGUGGGAGCACUUCACCACGAAGCCGUAUUUCCAUCCCACUGAAGAGAAGCCUCAUCCCGCCUUGAAGAAGAUCGGUGAGAUCUACACUCCCUGGCCGUCUUGGAUGAUCGUGGCGUCUACUUCAUCUUUCUCAGAUCUGGAAGCGGAUGGCAAACUGCAACAGCUGCUCAAGCUUCUGGAUCAGGGCAUUAAGGACUUUGAAGCCGAUACUGCUCAGGUCGUGAAGCUCUUGGGUACUGGGGAGUUGGGCUGUAACUACGGAGAGGAGGAUGCUAAGGAAUGGCUCAAGGAUGUCAAGUUCACAGAAUCGACUCGGGGUGUGCAGAGGAAGCUUGUUGAGGGUGUGGUGGACGUUCUCAAAGUGGCAGGAGUGAUUGACAGCAGCAUGACCAAUGAUGAGGCCGUCGCAAGGGUCAUUGGCAUCCAUCAAUGA